UGGCAGUGUUUUAGAGCACUUUGCUGCAAAGGACCACCACCACCACGACCUGAAUAUGAUUUGGUUUGCAUAGGCCUCACUGGUUCCGGCAAAACAAGUCUUCUGUCACAGCUUUGCAGUGAAAGCCCAGAGAAUAUAGUGUCUACCACAGGUUUUAGCAUAAAAGCAGUGCCAUUCCAGAAUGCCAUCUUGAAUGUAAAAGAACUUGGAGGUGCUGACAAUAUCAGGAAAUACUGGAGUCGUUACUACCAAGGAUCCCAAGGAGUAAUAUUUGUAUUAGACAGUGCCUCCUCUGAAGACGAUCUAGAAACUGCUAGGAAUGAACUACAUUCAGCUCUCCAGCACCCACAGUUAUGUACUUUGCCAUUUUUAAUACUGGCCAAUCAUCAAGACAAACCAGCAGCUCGCUCUGUACAAGAGAUCAAAAAAUACUUCGAACUUGAGCCACUUGCACGUGGAAAGCGCUGGAUUCUUAAGCCCUGCUCCUUGGAUGAUAUGGAGGCAGUAAAAGACAGCUUCUCCCUUCUAAUAAACUUGUUGGAGGAGAGAGACUUCGAACCUUCAAGAAUGUGAAACACAAGAGGGAAGAGUGAUUCUCCACGCAUCAUUGUACCUGUUCAUUCUGCUCACAGAUUACUUAUGGUGUGAUAUCAAGACUGUGCUGUGAUGUUUGUACACAGUGCAGAAUGUCCUUUUGUUAAAAUAAACACUCUGUGAAUCAGGUACAUGACUAUUUCCAGUAAAGUUGUCUACACUACUGAAAUAGGGAGUUCCUCUUUGUUUACCACUAGUUCUGCACACACUGCAUGUUGCUUUCUUGCCAUCAUCCUUGAUAGGAAAUUCUGCACGCACAAGAAUAACAUAGUCUGUAAAGGUGGCAUUCUACUUGCUACCUUGUUUUUCAAAAAUAAUUCAUGUCUUAAGGAUUUGUGAGACUAAUCUGUGUUAGCUUGUUUACUGACCCCAGAGUAUGGAAAGCACAGCCACUGAGAACCUUAACAUUACUGAUACCUUGAAAAUUAAGUUGUUUUACAUCAGUGCAAAGAUUAGUCUGAAAUUUUACUGAAUGAAAACACAGUGGAUGUAUUAGAUGAUUCCUCUCCUUAAGCCACUGCAUAACCUUGUCAAAGGCAGAACCAUUAUUUUGCUGGAAAUUCCCUUAAAGGGAAAUUUGCACACAGAUGUGUGCAGGCAACAGUAUUGCUGAAGAAUAGGUGGCAUAAAAAAGUGGUAAGAAGAAACAAUGUUUUUAAAAAAUAUACAGAAGUUGGCUAAACUAGCAGUUCUCACUUAAAAAAAUUUUUUUUUCAGAGAAGCAAAGCAAAUUUCUGUUAAUUCAGCUGUGGAGGCUUAUUACUAGAUAUAAGUGUGACUGAUUUUAAGUAAAGAUUGCCUUCUUUAUCACUCAUUCAUAGUAUGCUGUUGUUACUUUAAUGGUGCCCAGGUACCAUAAUGAAGGGCCUUCCAGUGUUUGUAUCAUAAGCUUCUCCUUUCAAGGGAUUAUAACUUGUUCUUUCAAACUUCCUCUGGGCUACAUGUUACUUAGAAGACAAAAAAGUAUUCAUUGGAAACAACAUUUGUAAUACAUUUGGAAAAAUCCCAUUUAGUCCCAGUAACACAGUGCACACUUCCGCUUUCCAAAUUUUCCCCAUCGUAGAUUUUCAGGUUUUUUUUUACUGACUUUUCUUUUAAGACCUUAUUGGCUGAUUUUAUUGUUUAAAGAAAUAUGCCAGGUUGCUGGCUCACCCUGAAAUCAAUCACAACAGGGUAUGUGCAGAUUGAUCACCAGGCUGGUGCACACCUUGAAUGUUGUGCCUUGUGCAUGAGUGUCUAUGUACACAAGCUGUAGUGACGUGUCAGUGGUUCCUCAUGGGUCCUGCUUAUGUUUUGAAACUUGUAACUCCUGUUGCAAGGCUUUAGGGAACAUAUCUUUCCACUCCAAGCAUUUAUGUUUUAAGUUUAAAGUUUAUUGUAGUUUCUUAUUAGUUUUUUUGAGAAUAAGAAAAUAGUAAGCAUCAGCUUUUAAAGGAAAAGCCAUUUCUCUGUUUCUUGCAAUUAUGUUCCUUGUUAAACAAAGA